AUGUCUCAUACAGCUUUCAAUCAGAUGCGAUAUCUCUCACUGUGUUAUCGCUGCGUGGCUACACCUCCGAUAGCUCACGUUCUAGCUGGGCUUCAGAAGCAUUACCACUGUAUCUCUCCACGUUCCCCAGCCCUCACUCACCUGUAUAUCUCAUGCGAGGGUGUGGGCAUUUUCACAUCUUUCCUCCGCGCUGCUCAGACGCUCAGAAUGGAUUCUGAUACCACAGCCAGCAGCUGGUCCGAACUCCUCAGCAUUCUCGCCUGCAUUAAGUUAGAGUACAUCAUUCUCAGUGAGAGGUGUCACCCACGGUACAUACAGCUGCGCCACACCCAUCAUUCUCCACCCCCUCCUCGCACGCCUGCAAACCUCACGACCCUCAACAUCUAUCCCGCCCACACCAUGUCCAUCGCGCUUCCUGACGCCGACACUCUCACGCUCGCUCGCGCAUGUCCACACCUCUACUUCCUUGACUUAGAGAUGGAUGCACAACACGCCCGUAUCCCUGGUGCCAUGGGUAUCAUCGUAAGACACUGUCAUGAACUGUACGAGGGCUCGCUCCGCUUGGACGCGCGACUCGAUGCGCUUGGCGCGGCACCUAUGAACGACGACCAAGUGGAUCUGCCACCCACCUCACGCCCACGACGCUGGACUUAACGCCCAUCAUACUUAGCAACGCGGCUUGCGGCAAUCGAAAGAUCGGUGGGCGGGUCGUACUACGAGUGGAUGCGUGAGCUAGGGGAUUUUAGGGCGAGGUGGAAGAAUGUGUCAGAAGUCUUGUCGGAAAUGCCUCAAGAUGGACGAUAACUGAUGGUUUUUGUUCUAGUAAAUGGGUGCGCAGGCGGUAUCGGGUCGAUAGGUGGAUGCAUGUGGGUGAGGCGAAACGGUAUCGACAAUGUGAUGAUUGUCGUGCAUGUGGUGUUUCGGCAAUUCAGACAUUGUUCCUGUGCCAAGCAUGUAGACAGUUUUGUCAAGAUGUUUGUGCUCUGCGUCAUUUUCCAGGGUUCUUGGAUAUAACUAUGGUCGUCCCUCGCCACAAUGUUCCAUGAGGACGCGAAUAGAAACAGCUAGGGUAAACUACAUGGUACCAUCAAGAACUGCCAAAAUAGCCACGUAGGGCGACUAC